CGACAUAUUAUAAUAUUUUGAUAUACACUAUUUUGAGUAGAAGUACUAAAAAGUAACAUUUUUUAAAUUUAUAAUUGGACAUGUUAAAAACAUAUUGACUUGAAUUGACUUCACAACACGCACACGAAUAUGCUGAUAAAAAAAUAAUGAGAAGGUAGAAAGAUUGGAAAGUUUGGUGGAAAGGAAAGCCUUUCCGUGUCGACUCAUACGAGUUCUCAUUCGUAGACUUGAUCGCGCAUCGCAAAGUAGUGGUCAACUUUCUGUCACUUAUUACUGGUGACUUUUUGUCACUUAUUACUGAUCAAAUAGGCAGUAAAAAUGACUGAACAAAUUCCGAAGUAUGAAUUUCUGUCGGAGGAGAAAACAAACGAAAUGCUAAAAUUAUUUAAGGGUGAACGUACUGGCUGGGUUAUGGUGAGUCCAAAGAGAUACAUUUUUCCAUUGAGAUUUAUUGAACAAGGCGCCGGAUUUUAUAACAUCAAAGCUAGAUCGGAUGACACAUGGGUGAUGAGCUAUCCGAGAUCGGGUACUACAUGGACGCAGGAAUUGGUAUGGCUACUGUCAAAUAAUUUGAAUUUUGAUUUGGCAAAAAGUCGGCUGCUCAAUGAGAGAUUUCCUUUCCUAGAAUUCAGUUUGUUUAAUCAUGCAGAAGUGACUCUUGAAUUUCUUUCUGAAAACCAAGACGACAAAGCGAAACAGCAGUUUUGUAAAGACAUAGCUAAGCCCGGCUAUGAAGUUGUUAACGCGAUGCCAUCGCCUAGAUUUAUUAAAACUCAUUUUCCACUUAGUAUGCUCCCAGGUCUUUUAGAUGUUGGUUGUAAGGUCAUUUAUGUUGCUCGUUACGUAAAGGACGUUGCUGUUUCCUGGUUUUAUUUGAAUAAGACCAUUCGUACUCAGGGAUAUAUCGGUGACUUUGCCACUUUUUGGGAUUAUUUUCAAAACGAUUUAACUGCUUACAGUCCGUACUGGAGUCAUUUAAAGGAAGCGUAUGCCUUAAAAGAUCAUCCAAAUCUUUUAUUUAUAUUUUAUGAAGAAAUGCAACAUGAUUUCCCAAAAGUAAUCAAGAAAGUAGCAAAAUUCUUGAAUAAAACGUAUAGUGACGAAGAAAUAUGCAAAAUUUCUGACUACCUCGAUAUAAAAAAUUUUCGUAAUAAUGAGAUGGUAAAUUAUUCAGAAUUUAGAGCCUGUGGAAUAAUAAAACCAGAACAUCCUUUUGUUCGAAAGGGCGGGAGUGGCGGUUGGAAAAACUUCUUUACUCCUGAAUUAAAUGCUAAAGCAGAUAAAUGGAUUGAAGAAAAUCUCAAAGAUACCGACUUACAUUUCCCAUUUUUCAAUAAUCACAUAAAUAACAAUAAUUAAGAAAUUAUCAAAAAAAUUAAAAAAGUUUUUAUC